AUUCCCGCCUGUCACGCGGGUGACCCGGGUUCGAUCCCCGGCAACGGCGAACCCUCUUUUUAUUUGUCUCUGAAACACCAUAUCGCUGCUGAGUCUGAGUGAAGCAGACAAGCAGUGUUGUACCUCCGUGCUCCGUCCCUCAAAAAUUAAUAAUUGGAUAUUUUCCUCAACUCUCCCGGUUUAUCUGCCCGUACGUUUUUGAGUUAUUUAGCCACAUGGCACAAGAUCCAGAAUGCCGGCACCAAAAAAAAAAAAAACCAGAACAGAAGAGAAUCCUUGUAGAGCCACAAACACUGCCACUUCUCACUCUUGGAACUUGUCUGGUAAUGCCCAAUGCAAAGGGCAUAUCAAUAAUUUCAGUUCCUAAGACCUUUGAAUAAUUAAAUCCCAUAUUCCCAUGUCCCUCGCCGGCCAAACUCUCUCUAAUCUUUUUCUAUUUUGCCGCCACUUUCAAAUGUUUGUUUUUCUUCUCAUCCAUUUCCCUGACGCAUGCAAACACUUCACUUGUCAAAUCUUCCCUAAUUUCUCUCCGAUUGAUCCCUUUCUUUUCCGAAACCAUGAAAAGUGACGAUGAACCAGCAGUGGCUGAGCAUUCUCUGAAGCCGCGAAGAUCCAAGUCCCGUGAGGUUUGCUCUCGCUUCCUUUCUCCAACCUCAACACCGCCUCAUGAUUCCGUACUCCGGUCUCCAAACAAAGCCUUGUCCCCUCUCCGACGCAAAUCCACCUCCGUUGACACGAGAAAGCAUCGCAGCCUUGAAGAGCCCAGCGGCUUACUUCGAGGCCUAUGGCCUUCAUCCACCCCUUCUACCUCUUCAACAUCAAAUGGAAAACUCGAUACUCUGGCCGAUCAUCUUGGAAACGAGAGGCUUAACGAUUUUCUCGAGCGAAAAAGCCAUGAGAAAAGAACAAAUAACGGAUCCUUUUCACUUACUAGGCAAAGAAGUCAUACGGAAUUCAGUAGAUUUGUUGAGAAUGAGAAACAAAGUGCUAAAGAAAAUCACAGACCUUCUCUUGUUCUUGGGGGAUCCAUGAGGUACACGGCUAAGCUUGGGUUUCCCAAAAAACCAUCGUCCUCGUCAACAUCAUUAUCAUCAACAUCUUCUUCCCCAAAUAUUUUUCCGGGAAGAUUUUCUGUCGAUGAGAGUGUUCUUUAUAAAAGAUCAUCAUCAUCAUCUCAAAGGAAAUCAGAUUUUUUGACGGAUGAUAAUUUUGUUCUUGAUUCUGAAUCUGAGUUUAGUGACCAAUGUUCAGCCUCAAAUAAUAAUUCUCCAGCCAUAACAAAAACUAAUUCUUCUCUGAGUUCUAGAAAAUGUGGUAUAGAUGUUUCUUCCAAGUAUUUGCAAGAGGUACCAGCAAGGAAUAGACCAAGGGGCACUACUUCGGAUUCAAGUAUUCUUAAUCCGGUGUCAGCUGAUAGUUCUCCAAAGGUGAACAAAAAGUUUACCAUUAAAAACGCCAUAAGAAGGGCUAAUUCACUUACAGGACAUGGUACUGCUACAUCACAGUGGGCGUUAUCACCAGGACGGUCAGGAUCUCCACCAAUGUCAGUUGAAAACAAGGUUGUCAAGCCAAUGUCAUUUUCGAGUUUGAAACCGCCUUCUAGUCCUUCCAGAAACAGGGGUGUGGAGAAAUUGUUGAAUUUGGGAUUAAUGGAUUUGUUCAAGAGUAAGAAGCCUUCUGCUUUGCAAGUGGGUUCGGGUGAUGUGGAAAGUGUUCAUCAACUGAGAUUGAUCCAUAACCGUUUGAUGCAGUGGCGCUAUGCAAAUGCUAGAGCUGAUGCUGUGAAUAAGAACACAAGUAAUCAAGUUGAGAACUAUUUAUUAUCUGGGUGGAAUAGUACUGUGAAACUGCAACAUUCAGUGCUACAAAAGAAAUUAAAGCUUCAGAAGGAAAAGCUUGAGAUCAAGAUGGACUUUAUACUUCAAUCUCAAAUGAAGGCAUUGGAAUCUUGGGCGGAUAUGGAAAGACAACAUCUAGCAUCUAUUUCCAUGACUAAAGAAUGUUUGCAUUCUGUUGUCUGCAAAGUGCCUCUUAUAGAAGGAGCAAAGGUUGAUGCACAAUCAGCUUCAAUGGCACUUCGACAUACAUCAGAUCUCACUGCUUCGAUCAAGUCAAUGCUAUCUGCUUUCUCACCAGUGACCGAGAAGACGGUGUCAUUACUUUCGGAAUUAGCUGAGGUGGUUGCUCAAGAAAAGCUACUAAUAGAGGAGUGCCUCGAACUUUUCAGGAUGAUAUCUAUCUUAGAGACUCAAGAGAAGAGCUUAAUGUGCUAUGUUAUUCAACUAAAUUCACAGCAAAGGCAGAUGCAGCAGCAGCAACAAGGGCACCAAGAAAUCCUUCAAUGACUUCUUCAUUCAUCUAAAAGUAGAAAAAGGAAAAAAAAAACAUUACGUGGACUAAAAAGAAGUUUCUGGUGAUUGUUUUGCACUAUGGCAACAACAUCACCGGCCGUAUGAAAUGAUGCGAUAUCUGGUUGUUUAAAAUCUGAGGCCUGAUUUACUUGCAGAUGUCAUGUAAAUCUGAUCACAUGCGCCUAAAAUGAUGGGAGAAAACUCCAAUAUUUUACUAUGAUUUCAUGUUCCUUCAGGGGAUGCUACUCUCCUGAUAAUGAUGCUCGUAUAUGUUUUUCACUCACUAAUAAUUGUUCAAGGGAGAGGCAUACUUAGCGUGUUUUGCUUUCUACCAAUGAAGUUAUCAUGACAAAGAUAUUGUACGCACGCUUCUGUCGAGCUGGGAAGAAAAGGAAUGACUACAUAAGCUUUUUGGGAAAUUGCCCUACAUGUUUCUUCUAUCCUUUUAUUCUUUAUUACUUUUUGGUCGAAACAUGUUCGGUGUUGGAGGCCACAACUUUGGCAAUGCCAACAAAGAAUGAACACACCAAACAUAGGGCCAAUGACA